GUGAAGACGCGAUGUAUCCUCUGUUGUCGUCUGCCACACUCUCGCGUCUACUGUAGUCUUCGCCGCAGCAUUCUCUCGUCGUCACUCGGAGUCCUUUGCCACCUUUGGUCUAUACCUGCGCAAAAUGGUUCGACGUACCACGUUGCCGUGUCUCUGGGCAUUUGGACUUUGUGGACUUUACGGCACGUUCGCAGGCGCCGUCGUCGCCAAAUCCACAAACGGUUCAGCAAAUUCCCAGAACGGCAUCGAUAGCCUGGAAACCAGCCAGACCCGAGUCAACCAAGUGGACGGACCUCCGCGGUCGGAAGGUUACCGGGUUACGGCUUCGGCUUCGGCUUCAGACAACCGCGUAUCAGGCAAAGACUACGGCGGUGGUUCGGCGGGCGGUUACGGUUACCCGGUCGAAAAUUCUUAUGGCCUACCCAGGGAUUACUACUACGAAGAACGACCCGAGUACUACAGUCCUUACGAUCAGGCCGGUCACCACCUGCAGAACAUUGGACCGCCACCAGAGAUGAUUUAUCAUCAGCAUCCCAACUCACAUCUACAGCAUCAUCAGCACGGCGGCGGAGAGGCCCAUAGCCCCGGAGAGUUGAACAUACAGCCGGUGCUAUGGCCUUUGGCCGGGAUCGCACUACUCGGAGUGCUGUCAGCCCUCGUCAAAGCUCCUUUGCUGUUGAACUUGGGCCACAUAGGUCACCACCGCCGUCGCAGGAGAGACGCGAAUGGCGGAGACGAGGAAAUUGUCGCAGAAACGAUCAAAUCGCUUUUGGAAAAGUUCAGCGACAAGGAACGAUGGAGAGAGGAUCAGCAAGAAGCGUGUCUGGUGUGCAAUAUGGUGGCGAACAUUUAUCAUCAAAAGUCCACUUGCGUCGAGAGGUCUAUCUGCGAAGUAAUGUCACGGAAUGGAUCAGACGAGUCAAAAAUGGACAAACGAUUGUUAACCGCAACCAUCGCACAAGUCGUCGAAAACGAUCAAAUUCCCGAGGAAUUCAAAAAACGUUUGGAGACGGCUGAGAGGAUCGGUCGGAGCGGAUCGAACUGCGGGCAGUUGUAUCAGUGCGGGAACGGUGCACCGGAAACGGCGCGCAAAUAAAUCAAAAACAACAUUGUAUACAUAUAUGCUUACAUAUUAUUAACACAGUAUAUUCAUUUUCGAAUUGUACAUAAUUUUUACGAAAUACACAUUGCACAUUGAAAAAUUC